CGGACCGUCGUUUUCGUAACAUCCUCCGCGUACUCGGUAUCAAUUUCACUACAAAACGGUCGCCCCUUCUUUUUUUUUUCUCCCCUCGACAACACCUUCACUUCUCACCUCCUACCUCCUACUACCUUCUUCGCCUUCGUUCAGUCUCACAUUUGCCAACCUUAAAUCUUCUUCUCCAUACACCAAACACAUCAACAAUGGCCGUCAACAAGGUUCAGCUCGAGCAGGAAGACCAUCAGCGUGAUGCCGACUUCAAGAAGGCAUUGCACGGAAAGACCGCCGAGGACUCUGUCGGCUUCAUGGCUAUGAUGGGAAAGGACAAGGAUGCCCAGAAGGCGGCCGUCGACGAGUACUUCAAGUACUGGGACGGAAAGGGAGCCGGAAAGGAGACGGAGGCGGACAUGAAGGAGCGUGUUGACAGCUACGCCACUCUGACACGGCAUUACUACAACCUCGCGACGGAUCUGUACGAGAACGGCUGGGGCCAGUCGUUCCACUUCUGCCGCUUCUACAAGGGCGAGGGCUUCUACCAGGCGAUCGCGCGCCACGAGCACUACCUCGCCCACAUGAUGGGCCUGAAGGCGGGCAUGAAGGUCCUCGACGUCGGCUGUGGUGUCGGUGGUCCCGCCCGCGAAAUGUCGCGCUUCACGGACGUCAACAUUGUCGGUCUCAACAACAACGACUACCAGAUCGAGCGUGCGACCAACUACGCCAAGAAGGCCGGUCUCGCCGAUAAGCACUCGUUCGUCAAGGGCGACUUUAUGCAGAUGUCCUUUGAGCACAACUCGUUCGACGCCGUGUACGCGAUUGAGGCGACUGUCCACGCACCCAGUCUCGAGGGUGUCUACACCGAGAUCUUCAAGGUCCUCAAGCCCGGUGGUGUCUUUGGUGUCUACGAGUGGCUCAUGACCGACGACUACGAUGCCACCAACGCCCACCACCGUGAGAUCUGCCACGGAAUCGAGAUUGGUGACGGAAUCUCCCAGAUGGUCAAGAUCAGCGAAGGACUCCGCGCCAUCAAGGCUGCCGGAUUCGAGCUCGAGUACCACGAGGACCUUGCCCAGCGCGGUGACGAGAUCCCGUGGUACUACCCUCUCGCCGGUGACAUGAAAUACUGCCGUUCCGUCGGUGAUCUCUUCACCGUCCUGCGGAUGACCAAGGUCGGACGUGGAGCUGUACACAAGCUCGUCGGUGCGCUGGAGAUGAUCGGUGUUGCGCCCAAGGGAACGCAGAAGACUGCCGACACCUUGGCUGUGGCUGCGGAUUGUCUGGUUGCUGGUGCUAAGGAGAACCUGUUUACUCCAAUGUACAUGAUGAUUGCGCGGAAACCUUUGAACGCUUAGGUUCAUUUCGUCCAGUUGUUUUUUUGGCUCUUUCUUCCCCUUCACACGUACCACCGGCUUUAUACGCGUUUAGAUUGGCCUUUACUCUACCAACAUAUGGAACGAAGCGAUGAUAUAAUUAAUUAAUGGGUUGUCUUUCACCUUUCUUCUGGUGUUUUCAUUUUUUUUUGCUUUCUUGUAUCUUCUUUUGGUAGACUAUAGGGUGGAUAGGCGGAACUGGAUAGAAAUGGCAGUGAAUUACUCUCCGAGUAAUAUCGGCCACUGGUAAUCAAUGAUUUAUAUCUCCAGUGAAGUGACUCAAGCAC